UCAUUACCACGCAGGGGCGGGUGUGUGUCUUCAUCUACAACACCGCGAUGAUGAGAUUUCUCUAAGGCAGACGCCGACAGUACUUACUGUCUUAACAUACUCAACUAUUCUAUUUGGACAUUUGGGUUUUACAAAUCAAGGACUGACCCACUGCUGGAACAUAAGAAAGACACUGCGAACCAGCUACAUUUUGGAAUCCUUCGCGCGUUCCUGCCUUCUCGCUGUCGAACGGACUUCCCACUUCGCUACCCGUCCCUGUCGCAGCCUGCCUGACAGAAAUAUUCAUCUAAUUCAAACUUCACUAUUAAAUUUACGUGUAGAAGAUUCCAAACGAAAGCAUAGCCGCAUAGCGCAGCCUCUCCUCUCGCUGAAAAGGACUCGCGCCUUCUUACCUAGCUGUAUAAUGCCGACACAUUUGAGAUUUCGGAGAAGGUCAUUCCUAGGGCUAUUAUUCCUAUUCUCCCUCUCCACCUCCGCAUUGUACUUCAUCUACUCGGCACCCGGUAUCGUAAACGAGUACCUGUUCAUGGUCAAGGCCAGAGGGAUCCACUUCCAGGAGAAUGUCCAGAAGAUCGGUGCCCAGGUGAUAGAGCAGGUGGUGCGGGGAGCCUACAGUGGAGCCAAUGGCACAGAUUAUACCUACGACUUCAAUCAAAGUGAGCCAGAGUUGCCGCCCACCCCCUACCUGCCCGAGGGCUUCACCUAUCUCCCUAACCAGAUCUGCCCAGAGAAGCUCCCCUCCAUGAAGGGUCAUGUGGAUGUGAACAUGAGUGAGACGUCCCUGGAGGAGGUGGAGAGGGCCAUGUUGGAGGAGGCUCCUCGUUGGCUCAGGGGGGGCCACUGGAAACCAGAGGACUGCAUACCACGCUGGAAGGUGGCGAUACUGGUGCCUUUUAGGAACCGCCACGAGCAUCUGCCCAUCCUUCUGCGCCACCUGAUCCCCAUCCUGCAGAAGCAGCGGCUGCAGUUUGCCUUCUAUGUCAUCGAGCAGGCGGGCAACGAGCCGUUUAACCGCGCCAUGCUGUUCAACGUGGGCUUCAAGGAGGCCAUGAAGGACGCGGCAUGGGACUGCAUGGUCUUCCACGACGUGGACCACCUCAUGGAGAACGACCGCAACUACUACGGCUGUGGCGACAUGCCCCGACACUUUGCCGUCAAACUCAACAAGUACUCCUACAUGCUUCCAUACCAGGAGUUCUUUGGCGGCGUCAGCGGUCUGACUGUGCGACAGUUUAAGAGGAUAAAUGGCUUUCCCAACGGUUUCUGGGGCUGGGGGGGUGAGGACGAUGACCUGUGGAACAGGGUCCAGUACGCAGGCUACUCUGUGAGUCGACCACCAGGGGAGAUGGGCCGCUACAUGUCCAUACCACACCAUCACCGUGGAGAAGUCCAGUUCCUUGGCAGGUACACACUGCUGCGACGCUCCAAGGAGAGGCAGGGCCUGGACGGUCUCAACAACCUGCGCUACAGCCCCCUAGUGUCCCGGAGGACUCUCUACACCAACGUGACGGUCACCCUGAGCAGAGACAUGGCCCCGGUGGCUGACUACUGAGCAGAACCACGCACACACACACGCACACGCACACGCACACGCACACGCACACACACACACACACACACACACACACACACACACACACACACCGCCUGCACACCCUGGGAUCAGGAGCUUUUGGUCUGAUUGAGAGGGACUGGAGAGGGUUCGUACUACACACACACACACACACACACACACACCUCCACACACACACACACACUCUACCACUCCGCCUACAUACCCCUCUCUCACUUUCGCCCUCUGGUGUGCAGAGAUCUCCCUUACACCCUCCAUGACUCCCCCUGACGCCUCUGUCCCUGCCACAGCUGCACAGAGUGUCUACACACACACACACACG